CCCUGGCGACCAAUAAUAACAAGACCAGACAGAAGUGAACCGAGGGACAGAAAUAUUCUUAGCAACUUUUCUUUGCGAUAUUGGAAUAAAAUGCAAUCGUGAUCACAACCCGUAACGCCAAGAAAUCGCCUCGUGAUGUUCUAGGAAGACCCUUCUGAACUGCGUCCUCAGUUUUAAAAGGGUCAACGUGAAAAUGGCAGGAAUCCGUGAAAAGGGUCACUCGUCAUCGGGCCGAAAACAAGAUGAGAACAGUGUCGAGUCGCUGGCCGAGGUGUUUCGCUGCUUCAUCUGCAUGGAGAAGUUGCGCGACGCCCACUUGUGUCCGCACUGCUCCAAGUUGUGCUGCUACCUGUGCAUCCGAAGGUGGCUGACCGAGACAAGGUCACAGUGUCCGCACUGCAGGGCGUCUUUGCAUCUGCACGAAUUGGUCAACUGCAGAUGGGUUGAGGACGUAACCCAGCAACUGGACAGCCUGCAGGCCAUGGGCGCCACGAAUUCUGAAGGAACAGACGGCUUAGACAAGGACAGCCGAUGUGAGAGCCAUCAGGAGAAGUUGUCUGUCUACUGCUGGACCUGCCAACGGUGUAUAUGCCAUCAGUGUGCCCUCUGGGGUGGCACCCACUCUGGCCACACUUUUAAGCCUCUUGAGGAAGUCUACGAGCAGCACAUUUCACAGAUUAAGGAUGAGGUUUACCAGCUACGACGACGGCUUAUGGAGUUGAUUGGACUUGUCCAGGAAGUGGAAGGAAACGUUGAGUCUGUUCGUGCUGCAAAAGAUGAGCGAGUACGGGAAAUUCGAAAUGCCGUUGAACAAAUGAUUGCUCGACUUGACUCGCACCUCAAAGCCAAGCUGAUGACUUUGAUGGGCCAGAAAACAUCCUUGAUCCAGGAGACAGAGCAACUAGAGGCGCUGCUGUACGAAGUGGACCGUCAACUGCACACAUGCUCUCGAAGCGAGCUGAUUCGCAGAAGUGCCGAGUUGACCAGAAAACUUAACACUGUCCGAAGAAAGCCCACCACUAGUUUUGUCACUGCUCCAGUGCCAGCCGACUUUCAAAGUGAGAUUGUGCCAAACUACGACAGCAGCACUUUUGUCCUGCAGAACUUCAGUCAGUUACAGCACAAAGCAGACCCUGUUUACUCACCACCCCUCUUUGUUAAUGGUCUGUGCUGGAAGCUGAAGGUGUACCCUGAUGGGAAUGGUGUUGUGAGAGGAACUUACCUCUCGGUUUUCCUUGAACUUGCCUCAGGACUUCCCGAAACUUCAAAGUACGAGUACAGAGUUGAAAUGGUGCACCAAGGCUCGAGAGACAACAGCAAAAACAUUAUUCGUGAAUUUGCCUCUGAUUUUGAGGUAGGAGAGUGUUGGGGCUACAACCGGUUCUUCCGACUUGAUCUGCUUGCAAGCGAAGGCUACUUAAACACAUCUUUGGACACCUUGAUAUUGCGCUUCCAAGUGAGGCCGCCAACUUUUUUCCAACGGUGCCGUGACCAGCAAUGGUACAUCGGACAACUUCUCACUGUCCAGACCCAGUACGUCAGCCAAAUCAAUACCCUCAAAGAGCAAGUUUUGAUGCUGCGAAACGGAGGCAAUGCUACCGUAAAUAACUCGUCUGCCUCUUCUCCGGUGAAUGCGACUCGGGCCCUGAGCAUCAGCAGCGAACCUACCCUGGCCAACCCAACUGAAUUAGCUGCUUCCGCCAUUCCAAAGUCAGUCUCCCUGACCACAACUCCAACCCUGCAGCUUCCACCAGGCUUCACUUCUUUAGCCUCUCCUCAAUCAGCUCCAAGAGCUGUGGACGUUGGUACGGACACCUCGGCCGAAUCUUCGCCUGUCCGAACACUGUACAGGCUGCGGAAUCAGUCUGUCAGUAGUGACAGCGACAGCGAACUGAGCAAUUCCAUGAAAGAGACUGACUCAGUUGAGAUGGGCACAGUAAGGAGACGAAGGCCCAUUCUUGACGAGGUGUCUAAUGACGAGAAUGACAUUGACGUUGAGGCUAUGUCAGGUGAUAAUGACGUAGAGUUUUCUAUCUCGAGACAGUUGAGAUUUCCUGGCUUCCUUUCAACAACAUCUGAUUCAUUUGAGCCCCCUGUGGUUGAUUCGACCAGUUUUGGAGAAGAAAUUAUGCUCUUACACCUAUUUGAAAUGCAGGACAGGGAGCGAAAUGCUAAUGGCAACACUAGCAAUGACCCAGCUUGGAGGAAGCCCAGCAUUAGCAACCCUUCAGGUCUGAAUGUAGCCGGUGCUUGGUUCAAACCACGCAGACUAAGUCGGCAGCCUCUUGCCACAGCCAGCAGCGUCCUGGACACUUUGCAGCUUGAUAUGGCAUCACUUGGCGUUUCCGGCAAUAACCUCCCUUCACGCCAAAGUGCUUUCAUGCCUAUGUCUCCUCGAUCUGAAACGCGCCUUCCGCCUAUUGACGAGAGCAACAGAUCCCUAACUCAAAAAGGAAAGUCCCGAUCAGAUCCUCGCCAGCCAUGUCGUCACAGCACAGCUUCAGCAGCUGCUUCUACUGCAACAAGCUCCUCGCAGACAAGGAAUCUCAGUCCAACAACUCAGGCACAUUUGAAUGCGUACCUAUCAUAUGUCAAGCAACUGGAGUUAGCAAGUGAUGAUGACGCAGCUUCUGCAGCUGCCAGAGAUGACACUCAAGCCAUUCCGCAGCAAGAUUCCUCUGCCACGUUGUUGCCAAAGCAAGACGAAGGUGCUGCUGCGUUAUCAUCCCAAUCGGGACCUUUUUCUCCAAUCGGCGGACCUCUUUACUUAAAAGAUAUAAUCAAACCCAUUCCACAACGUGCAGCCCAGCGAGAUGCACACAAGAAAACUGAGGGGUCUGUGGAAAUUUCACCCCCAGUCAAUGAAGAUCAACCACCAACCAACAAAGCAUCUGAUGAACCUACUGGAGAUACAAAGUAACGCAAAGAAGACUUAAAUUAACAAUUAUUCUAAAGCAUUGAUGAUUGAUUAAUCUGCACAGCGCAAGUAAAUAAAAAGCCACAAACAAGUCUAGCUUAAAUUAUAACUACAGAAGCUUCUCAAAUCAUUAUUUUUUGCCACUAACUUAUUUUUGACUGUUUUUGUGCUAUCGUCACAUAAACUAAAAAUGUAUUUGAUGCUUCACUAUUCACUAUAAAUGCACUACAAAUUUCAAAAGCAAUUUAGAAUUAGCAAAUUGUAUGAGAAGUUAUUUGUAUAAAGUAAAGAAAAACAGCAGCUCUGAAUCUUCACAAGCCAAUAGUUUAUUCGCUUAAGAAAACACUCUCAAUUGAAAUUGUUAUUUUUUUGUUGCUAUAUAUAUAACAUAAUAAAUAUCAGACUUAUGAUUAAUUGCAUUGUGGAUUUAUUUACUUCUUCCAUGACUAAAUUGAUCUUUAAUACGGAGCCCUCAUCAUUAUAAGCUGCGAUUCGAAUUAAUACAUGGAGGAUUAAUAACAAACCACCUGC